AUGCAGCGCCGUCCAGAAGGAGCUGCCGCGACACCUGCAGAAAAAUCUGUUAGCACGGCUCAAGGGGUUCAGAAUAUGAAUCCGCACCCAGUUCCAUCAUCCCCGGUCAUUCCCAGUGAUCCUUUCAUGGACACAGCGCCCGAUAAUCGCCACAGUGGUUUCAACCCAUCAGGUCUAGGUUUGUAUGGUGAAGGACUCGGUGGAGGGCAUGGUGGAGGGCAUGGUGGAGGGCAUGGGAUGUAUGACUUUGGUGGAUCUCAGCAGAACGGACUAGGAUUAAAUCAGAUGCGUUCUCACCAGUUCGACCAGCCCUCUUCUGGUGGAUACAAUCCACAUAUGACACCAUACGGCGACCCUGGCUCUCGUGGGCAUUCAGUACCCCCCGCUACACCCAUGAUGGGCGACCAUCCCAGUCUCCAAGGAUACUCUGUUCCCCCGACCCCAUCAAUGCAACAUACACCUAUUGCGCAACGCAACGACUCGAUGAAUAAUAUGAUUCAAAGCAGCUUUCAGCAGUUACUCACCGAGAUGCAGAAAAUCAACACUCGUCUCACAGGCGUCGAAUCUUCCAACCAGACCAUCCUCGGAAACCAGCAAGCAUUAAACAAACAUGCGCAGCAGGGCCAGAACAUGCUGAAGGAGUUGCAGGAAAGCCUUGAUGCAAUGACGACAUCAGGUGUGGCCAAGAGCACAGCAGGCAAGAAGAAUAUAUCUAAUCAACACCCUGCAUUAAAACCCAUCAUACAACCAAUCUUUUUCGAGCUGUGUGGAAUAGAUAUGAAGACUGCCCGCGCAGAUCGAACAGAGCUGCUUGCAAAGAGCUUACCUCUUGCAAACGGCAAUGCAUAUGAGAUGGUGGAUGGAAUACAAGUGUGGAGGCCGCAUUGGGGGGGGAAAAUCGAUGAUAAAGUAAAUUCUUUAUAUAUUGCAGAAGUGGUUCAGCGUGUAUGGGAUAACGAAACGUCGUUACGAAAUGACGCUAAGAAAAAGGGAGAGAUGAAGGAUGAAGACUACGACCGCACCGUCAUUAGCACAAUUGCUAAAUCGUACUGGCGAAACCUCAGUCAGCAAAUCUCCAGUCACGUAUCGGCUGAGAAGACGGAGAAGCUUACCAAUAAGCAAAAAAAUGCUCGUCGUCGAGGAAGACGUCAAACUGCUGCAAACCAUCGUCGUGAAGCUGUUCCUGACUUUGAAAGAUCCUAUGGGUAUCAAGGAUCAGUAGCGCUAAUUGAUACAGAUUAUGGAUCCGAUUAUGUGUCGUAUGAAGAGGGUGAACUGAGCCCUGACUCAGCAGAGUGUCGUAAGGACCAGAGUCAAGGCAAAGGAAGUCGAAAGGCCGUAGGGUUGGAGUGGAGAUCCCCAGCGUAUGUAGCACUUUUUCGGGUCCUAGAUGAGAUUUACAGGCGUAAGAAGUCUGGUGAGGUUAGAGGUGGGGAACAGGACAGAUCUGCAGAGCCUUCAGCCAAGCGCCGCAAGAUAACAAAGCCAAAGGACGUACAUAAGUCGACCUUCGAUGCCCAUCCCUCCCAGAUGAGCUCUCGUCCCCCAAAGUCAGGCAAAUUGACUGUUCUGUUCAACACAAUGGUAAGCACGGCAUGGUUAAACGAACACAAGAACAUUCAUGAGGGAGACUUGUCGCUAGACGACAAGAAUUAUCUAGAUGAGCUUGAGGAGUGGUAUGCUGAUGAAGAGGAUAAUGGGCAUUAG